AGGAGCAGAUAAGACAGGCUGCAGUUAGAAGGCACUUUUGGAGCUCGAGGAUGCCAGCAUAUGCCACCAACAUGAGGCUGAAGUUUCCCAUCCUGGCCAUAGUUCUAGAGGUGGUGACCAUUAUUCUGUUUGGUGUGUUUGUGGUGUACGAUGAUGGGAAGGGACAUGGACAUGAGGCAGAUCACCAUGACAACAACACACAUGAAGCUGGGCCCAUGGACCUCUACCCAAUGUUCCAGGACGUCCAUGUGAUGAUCUUCAUAGGCUUCGGGUUCCUCAUGACGUUCCUGAAGCGGUAUGGCUUCAGCAGUGUAGGCGUGAACCUGCUGCUGGCUGCCUUUGGUCUGCAGUGGGGUCUCCUCAUGCAGGGGCUGUGGCACAUGGACCAUGGCAAGAUCAAGAUCAACAUCUUCAAGAUCAUAAAUGCAGACUUUAGCACAGCUACAGUCCUGAUCUCAUUCGGGGCGGUCCUGGGAAAGACCAGUCCAGUGCAGCUCCUCAUCAUGACCGUCUUGGAGAUCACCAUCUUCAGCAUCAACGAGCACCUGGUGGCCAAUGUGCUGGAGGCAAACGACGUGGGCGCAUCCAUGAUCAUCCAUGCAUAUGGGGCAUACUUUGGGCUGGCUGUGGCUCGCAUGCUGUACAGACCCGGGCUCAGAAACGGACACGACAAUGAUGGCUCCGUGUACCACUCCGACAUGUUCGCCAUGAUUGGCACCGUGUUCUUAUGGAUGUUCUGGCCCAGUUUUAACUCGGCCAUCGCAGAUCCGGGCUUCACUCAACUCACCGCUGUCAUCAACACCUACCUGUCCCUGGCUGCGUGCGUGCUGACGGCUUAUGCAAUGUCCAGCCUCGUGGAGCACAAGGGCAAGCUGGACAUGGUGCACAUUCAGAAUGCUACUCUGGCGGGGGGAGUGGCAGUGGGCACCUGUGCGGACAUGAACAUCGGACCAUUUGGCGCCAUGCUCAUCGGCUUCAUCGCAGGAAUCAUCUCCACGCUGGGCUUCAAGUUCCUUACUCCUGUGCUGGCAUCUAACCUGGGGAUCCAGGACACCUGUGGAGUGCAUAACCUGCACGGGCUGCCCGGGGUGCUAGGCGGGCUGGCCGGUAUCGUAGCUGUGGCCCUGGGCAAGAAGGAAGGGGGCAGUCCAGCCAUGCAGGCUGCAGCGCUGGCUUCCUCCCUGGGUUUCGCUCUGGUGGGAGGGGCCAUCACAGGUCUCAUCAUGAAGCUGCCCAUCUGGGGACAGCCUCCAGAUCAGAACUGCUUUGACGACUCUCUGUACUGGGAGGUCCCGGCUGAUGAGGAGGAGAACGAGGAGAGUCUUGCUCAAACAAACAACAAAACGGAGGCCUAAAACUCAUCCAAUAGAACAUCACAAACCCCAUGUGGGUUUGGAUCAAGGGCGGAGUCUGCUCUGAUGGCACUUGUUUGAACACUGGCGCUGAGGGCAAAGUUACCACUACACACAACUUACGCACACCGAUUGUCCCAUUUUUUUCAAAUUCUUUUGCUGAAAAUAAGUUUAGUGGUUUUUAUAUAAAAAAAAUUGUUCUCUUGUUUAUUUAGAAGGAUUCAGAAUAACAAAUAAUCAAUAGUGUUAAGGACUUUACCUUAUUACUACCCAGUGUCCUCAAAAUAAACCACACCAGCCUAUACUUAGUCAAAUUUGUAUUCCUCAAAAAACAAAAAACAAAAAAAAAAUUGAAAUUGAAAUUUUCCACAAUAUAAGUCUUCACAUUCUUUUGAAAAAUAUGUUUAUCAAUCUGUAAUUGAACUUUCUAUUUUUGUAUUUUUCUAAUUAACUACAACAAUCCCUGCUGAUAACAAUUCCAUUUAUACACUUUUGUUCUAUUACACAUAGCAUUAGCAUUAGCAAUAGCAACGUUAGCAUGGUGUAUUAUCAUAUUUUGUAUUGGACAUGUGUUUUGCAUCUUCAGUAACUGGAGCACAGCCUUUUGGAUAUGGAAGAAUUGGUCUGGUCCUUUCUGGUUUGGUCUAGUCCAAUGUGGUCCAGUCUGGUCUGGUUUAGUCUAGUCUGGUCGAGUCGUGUUCUAGUCUGGUCCGGCCUGAUUUUGUCUGAUUUUGUCCAGUCUAGUCUGGUCUACUCUGAUCCAGUCUGGUUUAGUUUAAUCUGAUCCAGUCUGGAUUGGUCUGGUCUGGGUCGGUCUGGUCUAGUCUGCUCCAGUCUGGUCUGGUCCGGUUUGGUCCAAUCUGGUCCAGUCAGUUUGGGUCCAGUCUAGUCGGACCCAGUCUAGUCCAGUCUGGUUUAGACUGGUCUGGUUUGGUCUGGUCUAGUCUGCUCCAGUCUGGUCUGGUCCAGUUUGGUCCAAUCUGGUCCAGUCUGGUCCAGUCUGCUCCGGUCUUGUCUGGUCCAGUUUGGUCUAGUCUAGUCUGCUCCAGUCUGGUCUAGUCUGGUCCAGUUUGGUCUAGUCUAGUCUGCUCCAGUUUGGUCUGGUCUGGUUUGGUCUAGUCUCCUACAGUCGAGUCUGGUCCAAUUUGGUCCAGUCUAGUCUGGUCCGGUUUGGUCUAGUCUAGUCUGCUCCAGGCUAGUCCGGUCUGGUCCGGUCUGGGCAGGAAUAGUCCGAGAUGCUGCAGAACUUUCCACAGGGCUUCCUCACAUCAUGGCAGUUGCAGACUUUUCUCUGGAGGAACUCAAACAUAACAUGUCACCAGUGCCCUUGUUUUGCUGCAGUGGCAUAAAAUAAAUAUAGUUUUCGCUCACCAAAUCUUCCGUCACUGAUGAAGCCUUGUGUUUGUCCUUUUCUCUACUAUUUUUUUUUCCAGUGACAUGGUCAGUUUGAGCCCAGCACCAUUGAAGGAACUACUGCUGCACUGCAAACAAUCAUAUCUACACAAAAUAAAAAUUUAAAAAAACUUUUUAAAGGUACACUAUGUAACUUUCCGGAGGAGGUUUUUAUUGCACUGAAAAAUGAAAAUAUAGAAAAACAUGUGUCCUUAGUGUGUGCCGGCUUGCAUCUCCACAAACCUGACUCUUCCAUGGAAAUGUCCUUUGGCUAUAAUAUUCUACAGCAUUACACAGGCAUAAAACACAUCUAUUAUGGAUCAGGUGACGAGCCUCCUGCACAAAGUUACAUACUGUACUGUACUUUUACUUGUGUGGACUUUUUUUACAGUACAGCACCAGCAAUUUUGAAAAUGACUUCACGACUUUUAAAGAUGGUGUCAAAUAUAAAUUAGAGUCAAAAGGUGAGUUCCUGACGGUGCAGCUCCUCUGACCACAGCAGUAUUGUGUUUUGUGUUUUGUAUGCAUUUCUACAGCGGGCGUGUGCUCUGAUGUGUUUGUACUAAUACUGUCAAUAAACAUGUUUUUUGUACGUU